AUGUCCAAAUUCUACAGCUUCACGGCCACCGCCAACAACGGCACGCCCUUCCCGCUCGCGGACCUCAAGGGCAAGGUUGUGCUCGUGGUGAACACGGCGUCCAAAUGCGGCUUCACCAAGCAGUACGCAGACUUGGAGGAGCUCUACAAGAAGUACCACGAGCAGGGGCUCGAGGUGGUGGGGUUCCCCUGCAACCAGUUUGCCGGGCAGGAGCCCGGCUCGUCGGAGGAGAUUGCGCAGUUCUGCAAGCUCAACUACGGCGUCAGCUUCCCCAUCAUGCAGAAGAUCGACGUGAACGGCGACAAGGAGGACCCGCUGUACGCGUGGUUGAAGGCCGAGAAGCCCGGGCUCCUUGGCUUCAAGGGCAUCAAGUGGAACUUCGAGAAGUUUCUUGUGGACAAGGAGGGCAAUGUGUACCAGCGCUACUCGAGCAUUAAGAACCCGGCCUCGCUUUCGGGCGACGUGGAGCUCUUGCUCAAGAAGUAG